AUGGCCGAUUUUCAAGAAACAAAAUUAAAAUAUCGUCGAGGAACUUGUUUUAGUUGCCGAAAAUGCAUGUAUUGUGGAAUUGAUUUGCGACAAGAAAAAUGUAAUUGUAACUUGUCUAAUGUGCCACAUAAAAGUAAUCGGACAGAUGCCGUCAAAUAUGCGUUUACACGAGUAUUCAAUCCAAAUUGGAUAAAAGAAAAAGUAGAAUUUGUUCAACAAAGAAUAGAACAUUAUAAUUAUUUAUUAAGUGCAAAAGAGGCUUUUAAUUUUACUUUGUGCGCUCGAUGCAAUAGUAUUUUAUUAAGAUUAUCUUCGAAAGUGAAAAAGCUUAAAGCAUCAUCAAGUUCUACACUUGAUAACGAUAUCGAUAACUCUUCUGAAUUAGAAACAUGUGAUCUUACUAUAGCAAGUGGAGCUUCCGAAUCUGAAGAAAAACUUGAUUGGAAUCCUAAUGAAAAAGAGUAUCAUGAAGAGAAAUAUGAACCUAAUGAUGAUGAGUCUUUAUCUGGUGAAGAAGUUGAAUACGAAUAUAAUUAUGGAGUUUUUAUCAAGUUUGAAAAUGGAACAUCUCUUCCGGCAAAAUGGUAUACAGCUAAAGUAUCUAUGGUUGAUGAGCUACUUUCAGAAAUUCAUAUAAAUAUUGAAACUUUAAUGGGAAAAAAACCAGUUGAUCCAAAUGAUUAUCAUAUUGCAUUCAAAUCUGAAAAGGCAGCAGGAGCGGGUACUCAACUAGAUCGUGAGCCUAAUAAUAAUUCAGACGAUGAUAUUGUUACAGAUUUGAGAAACAAAAAUUCUAUUCCUAAAACUUCAAAUCUAUCUUCACUCGAAACAUCAAUUGCAAAAAAUGUCUUAGAAAUUCAUAAAGAAAAUCAUUGCACAAUUCAUAAUCGACCAUGUUUAAAUAAAGAUGGAGCUAAAGAAAAUCAUGUUGAAAUUACUUUUAUGAUGCUUUCAAUUUGGGCAUCUGAAAUUAAUAAAGCAAUAGCAUCACCAACAGAACCACCUACACAUCCUUUGUUUGCAUAUAAAUAUUUAACAAAAACAAAAGUGUCAUCACAAUUGCAAUCUAGUUCUAUACAAUUUAAUCAAUCUAAUUCGAUGCAACAACCCAAUCUAAUACAACAAUCCGAUUUGAUGCAACAGUCUAAUUCAAUACAACAACUCAAUCCAAUACAACAAUCUGAUUGA